AUGGCGAGAUUAAUGGUGUUGAUGUUGGUGGCUGUAUAUCUUCUUCCGGCCAUUGUUACCGGCAGCCGGCCGAUGGAGAAUCCGCUAACGCUGGAAGGACGAGUGUACUGUGAUACUUGUCGCUUAGGCUUUGAGACCUCCGCUACAACCUAUAUUUCCGGUGCGAAGGUGAAAGUGGAAUGCAAGAACAGGAACACACAUGAGCUUAUGUACACUAAGGAGGCAACAACAGACCAAACGGGAACCUAUAAAAUGACAGUUAAUGAUGAUCACCAAGACCAAAUCUGCGAUGUUAUGUUGGUAAGUAGCCCUCAGAAUGACUGUGCCAAAGUUAGUGAAGGGCGUGAUCAUGCUCGUGUAGUUCUUAGUCAAUCCAACGGUAUUGCUUCAGAUAAGCGAUAUGCGAAUGCUAUGGGUUUUGUCAAGGACCAGGCAAUGGAGAUUUGCAACAAACUUCUUGAGCAAUACAAUGAAGAUGAUUAAUCCAGCUCAUUAUUGGUUUAUCUUCGGUUUAAUAAAUUUCUGUCAAAUG